AUGGGGUGCUGCUUGGGAAAGAAAUCCCAUGCAGGCGCAAACGACACCGUUAAGAAAGGAGAAAACAUCGAUGUGAAGGAUAUAAAUGCCGAAAUCGUUGAACAUUCGCAGACACAGGGAUCGAACAGAUAUGUACCUGAACCGCCAACUUCUCCGGUUCCACAAACUCCAACCGCGUUAAGAUUGACUUACAUCGCUCUUUAUGACUAUGAUGCUCGAACACAAGAAGAUCUUAGCUUCAAAAAGGGUGAAAUUCUCGAGGUAAAUAAGGAAGACUUGGAAAACGAUUGGUGGAGAGCUCGUUCUCGCGAGACCGGUGUGGAAGGCUUUAUCCCCAGUAACUACGUUGCUCCUCAAUUAUCACUAGAAGCUGAAGAGUGAGUUAAAUUUUGCUUGUAAUGUUAUAGGGUAGUCAGUUAUGGUGAAUAUAUGCGAUAAGAACCUUGUCAAAUCAAAAUUACUGGGUUUGGAAUUUGCUCUUUUCUGGAUUGGCCAAGAGGUCAGGUUCGAAGUCGUGGAAUGCAUGUUGAAGCUCGAAUCAGCUUUAUUGUUAGUGUCGUGCUAAAAGCGAUAAUUUAUUUCUUUGAUUUAGCAUUGUUUUAAGAAUGUUCUUUGGCAAACGCACAAUGAUGGAAUUAUGAAAUGCUCACUGAAAGGGAAAAUGCAUUUGGUAUUUAAUAUUUCUUAAUCUUUGUCUUGCUCAGCACCCGGAAACUACUGAAACUUGCCUUGAACAGUAUUUGUUUUGUUACGCAUUUUACGUUAUCCAUUAUUCGUGUUACUUCUUUGCUUUGGAGUCCUUUUCUUCAAGUCCAGCUUAGGUGUUAUAACAGUUAUAAAUGACUACUUACCAAGUGUCAUAACUUUAAGACUACUUUGAUCGGUAUCAGAAAAAUGAAAUAAAUAUCUUCUUCCUCUUUGAAAGUUGAUAAUCUGAAACAUGACUUGGGAUCAAAUAACAAUACUUGGAUUUAUGGUUGCUCAAUAUGUACAUUGCCAGUGCUCAUUGAUAAAUGCCCUUUUUUUAAAAGAAAGUAUUAACAACAACAAAAUAGUAUAAUUAAGUAUACUUCAUGUUUCUCUGAUCUGUGAUCAAGUAUCUCACAUACAUUUUUCUUCCAAUGUUUCAUUGUUUCUCUUGGAAAUUACUGUAUAAGCCUAAGCUCUGAUGGCCAUAGUAAAGCAUGUUGAUAACACUUUUUUAGCCUGCGUAGCAAGCAUUUCCAAUCGAGUCAUUGCGUGAAAGUUAGAGCGGGAGCAAAAAAUAAGGUGAAAGGGGGAUGGGAGGGGAGAAGAGGAAACGCUUGUCCGCAAACCCCACGAUUCUGGAAAACGCCCCUUGAUACUUCACGGUUUGGUUCAUUUGUAAAUUGAGAGCUUGUCAAAAUAGAAGUAUAACAAACUGAUUACCCCUGGAUUACCAGAUUUCUUUGUUCUCUAAUAGAAUACGUUCCAGGCAAUUGCAAGAACUGUAAUAAAAAAGAAUUACGAUAAAAGAAAGUUAAGACUCUGAGUGAUUGUCCAGAACAAUUCACUCCGCCAGCUAUAAGUUUUGCAGAGCAGCUGCUCUUCAACCAGUGUCGAAACGUUCUCUACAAUACAUGCCGCUAAAUUUCCAAUAAACAAAAAGAAUCUUUUCAUUUCAAAAAGCUUACAAAUCACUUGUCCAUGGCGGCUUUAGCUAGUGUCAAGUGCCAAUGUUCUGAUUUACGUUGAUGUUAUCUCCAAUAAACAGUCCAUUAUUUCCAGUGAGAUCCGCAUGCCAUCAUCUUCAAUAAAUUGGCCUUCCCUAGUCUCCACUGCUCGAUCUCCAAUUAUACUUUGAAGACUCUGAUCUCAUAAACCUUCACACAAACACGAUUCAAAUAAAUAUCAGUCCAAAACAUUUGUAAUCUGUGACCACAAAUCAGAUUUGGUAUUUGGUAUUUUUAUUUAUUUGCCACACAAUUACAUUACUUAAAGAUGCCAAAAGAAAAAAAAAAAAAAAUGUAGGAAGAGAUGGCGAGGAGGCCUAAAAGAAACUAUAGAGCUUAUGUUAAUUAGGCCUCCUCAAUUACAAUUUUUCGAAGAUGGCAUAAAAAUUACGGCGACGGGUACAGUAUAAUAUCAGGUGAAAAAUUACACUAAUCAAUAUUACGGAAGUUUACAUGUACAAAUGUUGAAUAUUAAAAGGCUUUUUCCCAAGAUUUUUGUUGAAGUAUACUAAUAAUUAUUACAAAUAAAUGCCUUAAGUGCUCUUUUAAAGGAGAAAGGUGAGGAAGCGUUGAUGAUGUUGGUGUUUAAGGUGUUGUAAAAUUUAGGUCCUUGAUAAAAAACGGAAAAUUGCUUGGUUCGAGUACAACAGAAAGGCAGGCGAAAUUUACACGAGUUUCUUGUAUUAUACUGAAUGAAUUUGACUUUGUAAGGUAAAUUUACAAUGAAAUUUUAAAAGGUAGAGUAUGGUUUUGAUAGGAGUACAUGAAUAAGCCUAGUUGUAUUAAGUAUAUAUCAUGAAAUUUUAAGAUACCAAGAUUUUGAAAGAUUGGAUCAGUAUGUGCAUCGAAAGUGGUUUUAGCUAUAGUUCUGAUCACUCGUUUCUGUAAAAUCUCAAGACGAAUAAGGUUAGUUCUGUAAGUAGAGGCCCAAACUAAGUUGCAGUAAAAAAGGUAUGGAUAGACUAGAGAAAAAUAUAGUGUUCGUAAGGUUUUCGUGGAUAAAUAGAAACUGGAUUUACGAAUAAUUCCUGUGCAUUUAGAAACUUUAUUGGCGACAUGUGUAUGAUGGCCCAGGAGGGUCACAGUCCAGUAUUGGUUUUUGACAGUUCAGUUGUGGUUUUACACAGUCCAGUUAUGGUUUUACACAGUCUAGUUUUAGUUUUUACACAGUCCAGUUUUAAUUUUUACACAGUCCAGUUUUAUUUUUUACACAGUCCAGUUUUAUUUUUUUACACAGUCCAGUUUUAUUUUUUUACACAGUCCAGUUUUAUUUUUUUACACAGUCCAGUUUUAUUUUUUACACAGUCCAGUUAUAUUUUUUACACAGUCCAGUUUUAUUUUUUUACACAGUCCAGUUUUAUUUUUACACAGUCCAGUUUUAAUUUUUACACAGUCCAGUUUUAUUUUUUACACAGUCCAGUUUUAUUUUUUUACACAGUCCAGUUUUAUUUUUACACAGUCCAGUUUUAUUUUUUACACAGUCCAGUUUUAUUUUUACACAGUCCAGUUUUAUUUUUUGUGUGGUUACCAGACCUCUCUCGCGCUACUGCAACACUUGUUAUCUAACGGCAGCCAUUUUGUAUUUCCGUGCGACGAUGGAUUCAAUCAUCAGGCAUGCUGUUCGAGAGGAACUGAGACGUUCAAGCUGUUCAAGUUCUAGUGGUCCAGAAACUACGUCUUCUACUAAUCAAGAUGAUCAGGGAAGAAGUGAAAACGAAUCAGAUGCGGCUGGAUCACGAAGUCCGUUUUCAUCACGAACAGUGGACCGUUUGGGGUGUUUAUAAAACAAAGACCCAAGACCCCGGGGUACUCCUUGUAAGGGCUUAACGGGACGUGCAGCCAGCAAGGGUAUGUUUUUCGGGAUUUUUUGUCUCAAACAGGGUAUCGAUUUUAUCAAUUUUUGUCUUAAACAGGGUAUCUUUUCUUGGACGAUAAACAGCCUCAUGGCGUAUAUAUGUUUUCUGAAUGUCUUAAACAGGGUAUGAAAAUCGAAAUUCUGUCUUACACUUGUAGGAAAAUCAGCGAUUUUUGUCUUAAACAGGAUCAGGGUAUAGGGGGCGGGGCCGGGCCGCACCUCCAUACCCAAGGAUAUAUCCAGUACCCCGGGCUAAGACCUAACACCCCGUGGACUAAAACGAAGACCCCUGUGGAUUAAACUCUUACGGCGAUUUAGGAGUGUUGUGGAAUUUCCUCUGCACUAUUUAAUUGUAAUAAUGAAGUCUAUCACCCACCUUUUCUUGAUCGACGGCUAAGAAAAUAUAACAGCGUGCUCUAGCGUUCCAAAAUGUCGAACAAUUGUAUCGAUUAAUACAUUUGCAAAACAAAAUAAAUGACCAUGGCGUAAGGAGGGAAUAACGAGACAUUUAGCAAUGAUGAAUUCAAGGAGAGGGGAACCUCGCUCUUUUUAUUACUUUUACCUCAUCAAUAGAACAAAAAGCCGUCGAUAUCGAGAACAUCACUCGAGUAAAGGUGUACAUUUCGAAGUUUCAUGCAAGCAAGGUUCAUUCGUAUACAUACCGGGUUAUAUUUAUAUCCCUGUUACUUUAUUCUGACCUCUAUUGUAAAAAAUGACUCAUCUUUUACGGCUCAAGCAGUUGUUAUAAUGAUAACAAAAUAAAAAUGAAAGAAAAAAAAAAGGAAAGGAAAAACAUACUUCCGUUUGGCAAGAUUCGAUCCCGAGAGACCUUCCGAUGCACGCAAGGACGUUACCACAAGACUACGAAAGCUUUCUCGAAUGUACAUAGUGUGAAAAAUUUUUAUUUAAACAAAACUGAUGUCAUCAUCACCGUAAACACAUCUCAUUUAAUCCACAGGGGUCUUCGUUUUAGUCCAAGGGGUCUUGGGUCUUCGUUUUUGGGUCUUCGUUUAAGAAACAUCGGCCCACUGUUCGUGAUGAAAACGGACUUCGUGAUGAUCCAGCCGCAUCUGAUUUGUUUUCACUUCUUCCCUGAUCAUCUUGAUUAGUAGAAGACGCAGUUUCUGGACCACUAGAACUUGAACGUCUCAGUUCCUCUCGAACAGCCCGCCUGAUGAUUGAAUCCAUCGUCGCAAGGAAAUACAAAAUGGCUGCCGUUAGAUAACAAGUGUUGCAGUAGCGCGAGAGAGGUCUGGUAACCACACAAAAAAUAAAACUGGACUGUGUAAAAAAAUAAAACUGGACUGUGUAAAAAUAAAACUGGACUGUGUAAAAAAAUAAAACUGGACUGUGUAAAAAUAAAACUGGACUGUGUAAAAAUAAAACUGGACUGUGUAAAAAAAUAAAACUGGACUGUGUAAAAAUUAAAACUGGACUGUGUAAAAAUAAAACUGGACUGUGUAAAAAAAUAUAACUGGACUGUGUAAAAAAUAAAACUGGACUGUGUAAAAAAAUAAAACUGGACUGUGUAAAAAAUAAAACUGGACUGUGUAAAAAUUAAAACUGGACUGUGUAAAAAUAAAACUGGACUGUGUAAAAAAAUAUAACUGGACUGUGUAAAAAAUAAAACUGGACUGUGUAAAAAUUAAAACUGGACUGUGUAAAAACUAAAACUAGACUGUGUAAAACCAUAACUGGACUGUGUAAAACCACAACUGAACUAUCAAAAACCAAUACUGGACUGUGACCCUCCUGGGCCAUCGUACAUGUGAGAUUUCAGAUUUCCAAUUUAAAUUUUCGUCCAUGAUUACUCCCAGGAAAACUGUUUCUUUUACUUGAUCAAUUUUUUGACUAUUAAUUAAAAGUGAUGAGACCAGAUCUUUGAUGCACGUAUCAAAACAAAGCAUACCUGGUUUGAUUGAUGUUUCGAGUGCUAAGUAAUCAACUCUACCUGCACCACACCAAUCAGAAGCUGCGUGCAUGGGCGAACGCAGUUUUUCAAAAUCGUAGGGUUUGCAGGCAAGCGUUUCCUUCUUUCCCCUCCCCCUCCCCCGUCAUUCUUUUUUUUUUUGCUCUUGUCCCAACAUUCUCGACGAACUUACAAGGAAACGCUUGCUAUGCAGGCUACACUGUUUUUUUUUCUGCUCUACUCUUGUUAGUUUCUUCAAGAAAAAAAUCUUGAUAACCUUUUCAAGAAGAAAGCAAAGAAAUGUUUUUUUUAUUUUGUAUUAAACAAUCCUUGAGGUUGACUGGCAUCUCUGUGUGGUUGUAUCAGGCCUUUAAUGGUCUAACAAAAUGUAAGCCAAGAUAGUAGCUUAAGUUUAUUAAUAUAAGAUCUUGUUCAACUGAAAUAUUAAGUGUUAAUGAACACUGAGAUUCUGACCAGCUGAGCAAAGCCACACAAAGAGGCACACAUAUAAGCUGGACCAUCCUUUUUAUUGGUAUCGAUGUCUUGUAGAGGCGGGGUGGGGGAUGGGGUACUAUUUCUGUGUAACCAGGUGGCACAAGCAGUCCAACCCCACCAACGGCAAGAGGCCAAAGAGCAAGGGCACAAUGACAUAGAUCCUUUAGAUGCAAGGAACCGGCUAAGCGGCUUAUCAAUUUAAAAAUGGAUGUUCAUUUUUUAAAAAAGCAAAAUCCACUUACAAGAAAACUGACUGUAAAGCAAAGUAAAAGCUAAUCUAAAGUGAAUCAACACUAAUAUGGCAUGAAUUAAAACAAGGAAAUAAGGCCAAUUUAUUUUUACCCCAUGUAUUUAACUAAACUGAAGAAGCUUGUAUAUAUGCGAUGAUAAACACAAUAGUUACUUGACAGGGGAUGAGUAAAGAACAGUUAGUUCACAUCCUGAUUGUAAAAAGAAACACCCAGGCUGUUCCUAACUGGCAAAUAAUAGGUGGUUAAAGAGGGAUUAGAGAGAAGGAAUAGUAUAAACCAUGCACAGGAAAACAAACCUGUGAAAUACCAAUCCUAGACAUAACUAAAAGAUAACUAAAUGUAAGACAACAGAAAAAUAUGUGAUUAAACCUACCAAUAGAACAGGAAAUUGGCACUAAACAAUAACUGGAAUGAGACCAAAUUGCACAAUACCGGUAAGCUAAAAUAGUCAAAAGAAAUGAGAAAAGUGAUGCUUAGUGACCCGCUCACAUCUAUUUUACCAGGAUUUUAAAAAACUGAAAGUUUUGUCUGGAUAUUGUAACUAUUAUCGCCUUUCAGAGGGAUCCAUGUUUUUCAUAAGAAGGAAUGUUGUAUACCUGCCAACUUUCUUUGUUUCAAAUGCGGGAGAUUUUUGCCUUGUCAUGAGUGGGAUUUCCGAAAACCUCCCAGCAACUUCCAAAGGUUUUGAAUGAUUUUCCAAAGACUUCUCAAUUGCUGAAAAUGUCCAGAGAUGUUCCGACGAUGUUUCCUCACCUCCAAAGCUAUUUGAAAGACGGCAAUUCUGGUGUGUUUUAAUUUCAUUAGGACACAAAGCCAUCAUUCAUCAUUAAAUUGAAUUUUCAUUAUUAACCAUGUGUAAAAGAGGAAUUUUUCCAGAUUUGUGAAUGAGGGGUGAGGAAUUGUCCUUGAUGCGUGAGAUUGAUGUCUUUAAUCUGCAGGCAUGUGCAUAGUGCAUGAGAUUUGGCAGGUAUAAUGUUGUGGCUGAAUUUGUUGCUCUCUUACGUUGUAGCUGGUACUUUGGUGAAAUAAAGCGUCCAGAGGCAGAGAAGAUCCUGAAGACAAAACCAAAUGAGCAUGGAGCAUUUCUGGUGCGUGAAAGUGACAAAGGGGGAUUUGCUCUUUCCAUGAGAGAUGGAGACACGGUCAAACACUACAAAAUACGCACAUCAGAUGAAAAAACCUUCUUUAUAGCCCACAACACUCAAUUUGAGUCUCUUGUUGAACUGAUUCAUCAUUAUUCUCAACACCCAGAUGGUUUAUGUGAUGUUCUAAAGGUUCCUUGUGUCAAGGUAGGUUUUGACUGAUCGCGAAUGACUUGAGGUGCUUCCUGUUAUGCUAAAAUUUCCCAAAUUUCAGUAGCCUGUGUAGCAAGCAUUUCUGUUUGGUUUCGGAGCAAAGAAAGACGGAGGAAUGGCAUUUUUGGUUUUGGCCAUGCAAAAAAUGGAACAAGAGCUUACUUGCGCCAUUUUUCAUUCAGUCUUUGACUCGUGCUGGUCAUUCUUUGCUCCAAAACAGCACUGAAACACUAAAAUUUCAGUUGAAGUGUGAAUGUUGAGGGGUUGUAAAGCUGUACCUGUACACCAGUACACAUGUGAGUACUUGAAAAACAAUCAAAGAUAAAUUAAAACAAAAAACAAAAUUUAAAAAAGAAACAAGCAAUGGAACAAAAGCUAAAGGAUUGCUGGAAAGCAGAACAACUGUGUAUUUAUACUGCCCUUUAUACUACUACAUGAGAAAUUUCUGCAAUCUGAUUGGCUUAGAGCAGUGGUAUUUCAGCUUAAUUUGAAAUACCUACAUGUGAAAAUUACAAACCUUUUGUGGGAAGAAGUAUAAACAAAUAAUAGCAUUGCUGGAAAGCAGAACAACUGUGUAUUUAUACUUAUAACAAUUUUGAAAUACAAAUCAUGCUAUUACCUAUACUAAUUGUAACUGCUUUCAGAUAAUUUUGUCAAAACAAAGUGUUGUGUUUUCCCACACACAAAAGCCAUAACUCUUGCCUAAAAUGUUCCAAGAUUGAGUGAGAUGAUUGCCUCAGCAUACUGAUAAGAAAUUUAACUUAAGUAAUCUGUGAGAAAACAAUUUGGGAGAUGGGGUUGGGUUGAUUUGGAAAAAUGUGCAUACCUCUGGGAAAUUUAUAGCUACGUCCUUGAUGGUUUUCGUGGAUAAAGAUGGUCUACACUCUUUGACCAGUUUAUUUUUUAUUAUUAUUUUUUUAAGUUGAAGUUUUUUUCCGUCAACAGUUGUUUUGGUUCAGCCAAAACUUACCAAACUUACCGUACAAUUUUCAUUUUGCGUUAUUGAGAAGCAACCAGUACUUUAAUCAAAGUAUGAAUGUUAUUAUUAUACUUCAGUCCAAGUGCAAGUGUUCUUUUGAUUAGACAAGGUUAAGUUCCCUUUUUCUUUGGUUAAUUCCAUUGGUCUCUGACUGGUCAGCCUGGCAUUAUAAAUAUCAUUGAAUACACUCUUGAGUUCUACAUGGAUCUUUUGAGUUUAUGGGAAAAAUCCUCUUCUAUAACAAAAUAAUGUUAAGGCUUGUGUUGAGCUCUUUGAUCCUAAGAACUUUUAUGAGUGUGAGAGUUGACUAAUAUUGUUUAUUGUUACCCUUUUGUGAAGUAUAAUGUUGUGGCCAAGCAGUUAGAGUGCUAAAAUGUUGUAAUCUGAAGGUCAUGAGUUCAAUCCCUGCCCGAACUGCUAGCUGGAUUUGUUCUCAUCAGUCAUGCUAGUAACUACCCAGGUUUGCCUCUGGACAGUUGCGUUUCUUAACUUGCUGGGCCACAAUGAAAACUACUGGUUUACCAGUAACUGUGUUACCUCUAGUCAGUCUUUUUUGUGAGGGUAUCUCACUUUUUUGACGUCAUAUUCACGUUAGUGUUCAUAGAUAUAGCUUACAAGGUCGUCAACAAAAUAAUAAGUGAGUCACAAAUCACAGAGCAGUUGUAAUCAAGCCAUUUCUUACAAAAAUGUACCCUGAUAUAAUUAAGUUGAAUAUUACAUAUUCAGAGCUGCAAGUUAUAGAAUAUAUGAUAUGCGCUGUUGACAGUAACUAAUUUUGUCUGUGACAAAAUUCUACUUGUGAUCCAACAUAAGUCAUUGGCUCAAAUUCAGGCUACAACCUGAUGACUUUCAUUUUGAAGCUGAAGAUUUUUAUUCUUCACUUUGUGCUUACAGAAAUUUAUUGUCAACACAGCAUUCUAUACCCUCGAACAAUGCAUCUGGUUUGUCACACUCAAUUGGUAUCCUGGUCAAACAAAUGCCCUUUGUGUCCUUUGCAUCCAUAAGAUAUAAAGGGAAGUUUGAAAGAGACCAUAAAUAGGUUUUUAUUGUACAGUGAAACCCUGCCUUACGGCCACCUCAGUAAUACAGUCGCCUUGUUAUAUACAGCCAUGUUUUUUGGCUUGGCAAAACUGUCAUACAUUUUCAUACAAAAAAAAAACAUUGUUAUUGCAGUCACUUAUUAAUACAGUCAAUGGGCACAUUAUGAAAUCCCAAACAGUAGAAUAUCUUAUAAUUUCACCCCAUUUUUAUGGCCACUGGUGCUAAAUUUAGAAAAUCAAAAUGCUUGUGCAUUUCAAUAAUAAUUUCAUUGAACUCUGUUAUUUAGUAAUCAAACAAGUGAGCUGGUUUGCGUUUUCUUUAGUCAAAGGGUAACAUUAACAUGCAGAUGCCCUUUUGCGAUUGGCUGGAAUGUAGAACAAGCCAGUCAAAGCUCACCAAUGUUUUAUUUUUUCACAAUCAUGAACAUUAUUGCACUACGAUGUACAUGUAAAAAAAAGUCAGAGAGCUCAGAACCUCCGUUUUCAGAAGCAUAUUAUGCUGAGCCUGUAUUUUCAACAGUUAAAUAGCCAAAAGUGUCUUUUGUUCUAAUUGAAGUUUCAGGCAGGGCAGUUUUUACAGUUACUGUUCUUAAAUCUGCAUUUCCAUUAUAGAGUUGUUCAUUGUGGCCCUUGUUAAGUUGUGAAGUUUGACUUUGCCUAAAAAAUAACGGCCACCCCGUUAAUACAGCCUGUUUUUUCACUUAUUGGUGACCGUAUUAAUGGGGUUCCACUGUACUUAAUCUUUCCACUAUGUUUAUGUCAUAAGGUUGAGAAACCCCAGACUGUUGGUUUAUCACAUGACACUGUUGAUGCCUGGGAAAUACCACGAGAAACACUCAGACUUGUCAGGCGUCUUGGGCAAGGCAACUUUGGAGAGGUGUGGGAGGGUGUGUGGAAUGAUACCACUGCUGUUGCAAUAAAGACAUUGAAGCCAGACACAAUGAAUCCAAAGGCAUUUCUGGAGGAGGCAGAGCUGAUGAAAAGAUUAAUCCAUCCCAAAUUGGUGCAGCUUUAUGCAAUUUGCUCCAAAGAAGAGCCUAUUUACAUUGUGACAGAACUGAUGCAAAAAGGAAGCCUGCUUGAGUACCUGCGAAGUGAUGAGGGGCGGAAGUUGAAAGAAGCAGAUCUAAUUGACAUGGCUGCCCAGAUUGCUUCAGGCAUGGCUUAUCUCGAAAAGCACAACUAUGUCCAUAGAGAUUUGGCAGCAAGAAAUAUUCUGGUUGGAGAAAAUAACAGUGUCAAGGUAGCAGAUUUUGGCCUGUCACGUGCCGUAGAAGACUUCUACGAAGCACAUGAAGGAGCAAAGUUCCCCAUAAAAUGGACAGCUCCAGAGGCCUGCCUUAAGAACCAGUUCUCCAUUAAAUCUGAUGUGUGGGCAUUUGGAAUCCUGUUGACAGAGUUGGUGACAUAUGGUAGAGUGCCUUACGCUGGAAUGAACAACAAACAGGUGAGAAGAACAUGCCCACACCUUAGGUUAAUAAACCCUUCCACAUUAUUUUUUUUUUUAACUUUUGAUGAAGAGCAGUAAGCAAAUAUCCAUCAUCACUUCUAGAAAGAGGGCCUUAAAAUAAUGCAACUUACCAAGAUUAGUGAUCUAAUGCUUUGCAAAAUUGCAAAAUUUUAUAGAUGUUCUUUUAUGCUGGGAGCACAAACUUGCCCCCAACCUUACUAGCCUCAGCUGUAAAAUUCUGCAAUUUUGGCGAACUUUAUCUUCAUAUAUUUUUAUUGCCUAAAGCUCUUCUUUUUACAUGGUAAUCCUGGAUAAGCUAGUGGACUACCUUUCAGCUCAUGAUUGGUUUAAGAGUCUAACCUACCCUAAACAUGCAUAAAAUUUAAUAGCUAAAUCAGGGGCACCCAACAACAAUUUUCGGACAAUAUCUGUUCGGAAGACGAUUUGAGAUCUAGAAUUUUCGGAACAUUUUUUCCAAAUUUCUUGCUUGUCUGCCUCUCCUAGGAUUUUGAACAUCUAAAAAAUUGUAUAAUUGCCCAUUUUUAACGGAUUUUUACCCUAAAAAGGUCACCUACAAUUUUCAGGAGCCUUUUUUCUGGCUGAAAUUUUCGAAUAGGUAAGUUUUGAUCCCUAUAAUUUUCGAAUCACUAUGACUUUCAGCUAGGAAAUCUGAACAGAUGAAAAAUUUUUAGGGGAUAAAAAUAUGCCUAUAUCUACUGUUUUAAUUUUAAAAUACGUUUAACAAUGCUAUGUUUAAGUGGUUUUGAACUAUUUUCUCGUUGGGUGCCCCUGAUAAAUGCUGUUGGUGAAUGCAGUAUGACUAGAAUGGAGUUGAAAUCAUUCUUGAACACGUACAGCACUAUAAUUUUAUUGUUGUUAUUUCCUAGGUUGUUGAAGAAGUUGACCGAGGCUACAGAAUGCCAAAACCAAACCUUUGUCCUGAUAAGCUGUAUGAUCUAAUGAAGGCGUGUUGGAAAAGUGAACCGCUCGAACGACCAACAUUUGAAACUCUAACGUGGAUGCUGGAAGACUUUUAUCAGAAUGAUUCAAAGCAGUAUAAAGAAUUGGCCAAUUGAGUGUAUCAAGGUGACCAAUUUAUACAUUGUUCAUGGAGUCAGUAAAACUCAAUCAUUUUUCCCUGUAUCAAUCACACAUGCAGAAAGGUUGCAUGAUAACAUUUUAGCUGUAUAAUUUAGAAAAUAGUUGAUAGCUUGCAUUUUUAAAGCAAUGAUAGAGAAAAGUUUUCCCCAGAAUUGAAAUUUUUAAGGAGGUGCAGGUACAAAAUUAAGGACUAUUGGUAAACUAACAAGAAAAGGUGUUAAGUUUUAGUGAUAGUACCUCAUAGUGGUUGCCCCAAGGAAAGAAAGCUCACAUCUUACAGUGACGCCAGGUCAAGUGUCCCCCUUUAAAUUCCAUUAAUGAAUUGAUUAUGUUAAAAAUCAAAACUGUUAUUCAUGGCCACAACAAGUAUGAAAUUCAAAUCUGCAUUCCUGCAUGCGCAAUGCGCACUGAAUUUUCUGCUACAACUUCUUAGUAUUCAGCGC